AUGGGUAGAUGUCCAUGCUGCUCUAAAGAGGGUCUAAACAAAGGAGCAUGGACUGCCCAAGAAGAUAAAAUCCUCACUGAUUACAUCAAAACUCAUGGAGAAGGGAAAUGGAGAACCCUCUCCCAAAGCACAGGUCUCAAACGAUGUGGGAAGAGCUGUAGACUAAGGUGGCUCAACUAUCUGAGACCCGACAUCAAGAGAGGCAACUUCUCAGACCAAGAGGAGGACCUCAUUAUUAGACUCCAUAAACUCCUCGGCAACAGAUGGUCUCUAAUAGCAGGUCGACUGCCAGGGCGAACAGACAAUGAAAUUAAAAACUAUUGGAACACAUAUUUGGUCAAGAAAUUUCAAGAGAGCUCAGCCAAAAACCAGAGAGCCAAGUCAAUGAGGUCCGAAGAACCAGUCCUAGAAGAGAAGGCCAAGCCAAGCCCAGCUGAGGAAUUCAUCGUGGUGAGAACCAAGGCCUCAAGGCGCACAGGGCUUGUGGCCCCUCCCGCUCGAGCUGCGCCUGAGGCCCCAACUACCGAGCUCACUACUGAACCCAUGGGUAACUAUAACGAAUCCAUGGCUAAUGACACCGAACCCACUUCUUUCAAAGCUCCAAUUCUCAUGGACUUCGACAUGGAAGACUUCUCUAUUGACAAUGAGAUUCUUAAAUCAUAUGGGGAGUUUUUGUUACAGAACAAGGAUGAUGAGAUUGAUACUCUCUCUCUCUCCUCUCAAAAAACCCUCUCCUUUGAUAGUGGCGAAUGGGUGGGAGAGGAGUUUGAAGGGGAACAUUUUUCUCAAGAUUUGUACUCCUUGGGCUACUUUCUUUGA